GGACCUCCCGCGUCCCUCUCGUCCACCUUUGGGGCGCCGCUCCAGUGUGCUGUGGCAGGUUGUGUGGCCACUCGCCUUCCCCGGCUGCCCUGCGGGGUCUGACAGCGAGGCACCUGGGGGUGCCAGGGGUGCUGAGUGGCAGCUCUUUCUGGAGGGAAAGGCCAGGAGCCCUGGAGUCUUGUCAAAUGCUGAAAGUUAAGUGAAAGAAGUAGAUGACUGUCAAACCUUUAUUUUAAAUUUGGUCCAGCCUAAAAGGAAAUUGGUAGAAGAUGUCCCCCGGGAAAGUUCUGCAACCUGUCCUGAAAAUGAAGGUGGAUGAACUCUUUUUGUGCUGGUUGAGUCAGCCUGCAACUCAGCUCACACUAAAAGACUGGUUGAGAAGAAUCAAGAAUGAGGAGAAAAUGGAGACUAGUAAUGGAGAUUCAGGAAAUGGUAAAAAUGAGAGGUUUGUCAAUAAAAAUUCCAGCUCCAAGCAAUGCGUAUUAGGAGAUACCAGAAUGCCUUUGAUGUCUUUCAGUCCUCCUCAACUUUCUACUAGUCUUCCAUUGGCAACUCCAGCUAACUCAAGGAACACUUCUACUGUUAGAACAACACGUCGAUCCUCAGGAAGCAAUGCAGUUCAGACAAAGAAGGAAGAAACUUUGCCACCGCCGCUUAGUCAAAACAUUCCAACUUUCUAUUUUCCUCGAGGAUGUCCUAAAGAAAAAGUGAAUAUAGAUGCUGUGAUUGCCAAAAUUGAGAGAACUUUCUCUGAAUUCCCAAAUGAGAGGGCAACGUUAGAAGACAUGGGGAAAGUGGCAAAGGCCUGUGAAUGCCCACUUUACUGGAAGAGUCCUUUGUUUUAUUGCGCUGGAGGUGAACGAACAGGAUACGUAUCAGUUCAUAAAUUUGUUGCAAUGUGGCGGAAAAUACUUCAGACCUGCUAUGACGAUGCUGCAAAGUUUGUUCAUCUUCUAAUGAGUCCUGGAUGCAACUACUUGGUGCAAGAAGACUUCAUUCCUUUUUUACAAGAUGUGGUGAACAGUCAUCCUGGCCUAUCAUUUUUAAAAGAAGCAUCUGAAUUUCAUUCUCGGUACAUUACCACAGUUAUACAGAGAAUAUUUUAUACAGUAAAUAGAUCCUGGUCUGGGAAAAUAACUUGUAAUGAGCUCAGGAAAAGCAACUUUUUGCAGAAUGUGGCAUUAUUGGAAGAAGAAGCUGACAUUAACCAGCUGACAGAGUACUUCUCAUAUGAACAUUUUUAUGUUAUCUAUUGCAAAUUCUGGGAGCUGGAUACGGACCAUGACCUCUAUAUUGAUCGGAAGGAUUUAGCUCGACAUAAUGAUCACGCAAUUUCAAGCAGGAUGAUAGAGCGGAUCUUCUCCGGAGCAGUUACAAGAGGUAGAAAAGCACAAAAAGAUGGGAAAAUCAGUUAUGCUGAUUUUGUCUGGUUUUUGAUAUCUGAAGAGGACAAGAAGACACCAACUAGCAUUGAAUAUUGGUUUCGCUGCAUGGAUCUUGAUGGGGAUGGUGCUUUGUCUAUGUACGAACUGGAGUAUUUUUAUGAAGAACAGUGCCAAAAAUUAGAUAACAUGGCCAUAGAACCAUUGCCAUUUGAAGACUGUUUGUGCCAGAUGCUGGAUCUUGUGAAGCCACAAUAUGAAGGAAAGAUUACUCUGCAUGAUUUAAAGCAAUGUAAGUUGACAAAUGUCUUUUUUGACACAUUUUUCAACAUUGAAAAAUACCUUGACCAUGAACAGAAGGAUCAGUUUUCGAUGCUGCGGGAUGGUGAAGGUGAAAGCCAAGAGCUCUCUGACUGGGAGAAGUAUGCUGCUGAAGAGUACGAUAUCUUGGUAGCAGAAGAGGCAGCAAGUGACCAGUGGAAUGACGGGUAUGAAGCAGAACUGAAUCCUGUAGACCAUCAGAAGGCAAAUGUCCUAAAGUAUCAAAUGGAAAGAAGACCAUUUUUUGAAAUGCCUUCCCAUCUGGCUGAUGUAGACUUGGAUGAAUAUGAUUAUGAAGAAGACUUUGAGUAGUGGUUACUUAUGAUCAACAAUUGCAGAAGAGCAGGGACAGUCUGCAGCAGGUCUGCUACACACCUAGACAUCUCAGUGGGGUUUGUUUCCAGGAAGUGAGCUUAGUUUUGUGCUAAAAAGUAUUUAAUCACUACACUACCUUUUAAAUGAAGGAAGCGCAUUUGGAUGGAAUGAUGAAUUUUUUUGUAUUUAUUCAGUAGUCUAGAGUUUGUAAAAUAGGUUAAAAUAUUUAUUUACAGAUGUUGCAUAAUUCCUUUUUUGGAAGAAUAACGAUAUUUGACUUUAAUCUACUGUUUUUAAGAGAAUUGUAUUAAUUUUCUCACAGUUGAUGUGUGGUGCACUGACCAUCUCCAUCCUAUAUGUGAACAGGCAUACCUGUCCAGGUAUGGGAGGGAAGGAGACAAUGUAAACCUGGCCUGCAAGGCUUAUGUGCUCACAGACAACCCAAGGAGGCCUUAUGCCUUGGUGAGGAAGAGAUGUGGCUGUGAGUGCAUGAUUCAGCUCUCAUUUACAGGCAGUUUCAUCUGACAAGCUGAGCACAUCAGUGCACAAGGAAAACGAAUGCCAGAGAUGAAUUGCUUCUCUUCUCUGCCUAGCCCUUGUUUGCCCCAACUUUAAUUUUGUUUGCCCUUUUAAACUUCAGUCUUUUUUCCCUGAUGUUCAUUAUAAAAAGAUUAUUUAAUAAUGAAAUCUGUGUUCAUACUUGAUCCAUAAUGAUUGUGUUAAUUAAUGUAGAAGGAACCAAUUUUUUUUUAAAUCCUUUGUAUUAAUGUUACUUGACCAGUGAUGUGCACUAAUUUGUUGUGGGCAUUCAGUGCUUUUUGUCUGUGUCCCCCCUUUCAGUUGUUUGCUAUUGACACAUUCCAUGGAUCACAUCAGUGUCACAGCAGCUUGAAAUUGUUGCCUCACUCUUAUUACUGUUAAACAAAUUUUGUUGGAGAAAAAGGAAAAAAAAUGUACAAAAAGAUGUAAGUUAUUUUUUUGGUUGCAGUGUAGAACUGUUGAAAUCUUUAAAAGAUGUUUGUAUUUUCAAAUAAAGAUUUUCAUACAAGUAA